AUGGAGGAAGAAGGGGUUGUAGCCAAAUCAAAUGUAGAUAACCCUGGGAUAGGCAUAGCAACAUCAGAAGCAGAACCACUCAGAAGGCGAGGUGCAUCCUGGGAUGCAUCAAGAGGAGUGUGGACAGCAGAUCGAGAGAGGAUUCUCCCUAUGCAGUCAGCUCUUGAGAUCCUCAAGAAUGAAAAUUACAGAGAAGAAAUGAAAAGGAAAGUCAAAGAUGUAUCUGAAAAGGAUAAGCUCCUUCAGGCCAAGGAAUACAAAGAGGGACUUGUUGCUGAACCAGGUCAUACUCGUGUUAAAGGCCACGCAUCAGCUCCGUACUAUGGGAAGAAGGAGCCUUCACAAGACCCAACCAGCACUGCCAGCACCUUCCAGCCAGGCUCCUGGAUGCCACCAGGCAGUGGUAGUAGCCACAACAAGUGA